CGCCGCGCUUCCGGGCGCAGGGCCUUCUGCUUCCGUGCGCUGCGUCUUCCGCUUCCGGGUGAGGUGAUGGCGGCGGGAGGUAGCGAUCCGCGGACGGCGGACGUGGAGGAGGACGCCUCGCAGCUCGUCUUCCCCAAAGAAUUCGAAACUGCGGAAACUCUUCUGAAUUCAGAAGUACAUAUGCUUCUUGAGCAUCGUAAGCAGCAGAAUGAGAGCGCAGAAGAUGAGCAGGAGCUGUCAGAAGUCUUCAUGAAAACUCUGAAUUACACAGCGCGCUUCAGCCGCUUCAAAAACCGCGAGACCAUUGCCAGUGUUCGUAGCUUGCUGCUCCAGAAAAAGCUCCAUAAAUUUGAAUUGGCGUGUUUGGCUAACUUGUGUCCUGAGACUGCUGAGGAAGCCAAAGCUUUGAUCCCUAGCCUGGAGGGUCGAUUUGAAGAUGAGGAAUUACAGCAGAUUCUUGACGACAUUCAGACUAAACGCAGCUUCCAGUACUAAAGUUGACCUUCCACCCCUCAAAAUGAGUGGAAAAAUCUGAGAACUUUGUUCCUCCACCCUCUGUACCAAUCCAUCUCUCAGGCUUACUAAGGGAGUUGUGAAUAAAGGGAAAUUCAGCACUGUCAUAUGCAGGUGUACUGGAGAUCAGUGCAGUCCUCUUGGUUUGAUAAGGAUGCCUGCAUUGUGAGGGCACAAGAACUUGAAAAAUCUUUUCUCGGUGGCUUAAAUAUUUAUUUCUUCCAGAUUCCCCUCCCCAGUUUGGGAACUCUGUACACGUUUCUGGUGUUCAGCAGAAAUGUAGACCUGUUUGUGGGUUUGUUUGUUUGUUUUCAAAAAGGGUGGGGGCACUUAUUUUUGACUCUUGGAAACUUGACUCGUGGAAGGUGUAAUGACGGGUGGAAUCAAGUCCUGUUGUCUUUCAAAUGGUUUCAUCAGGAUGGUGGACUUUUACAAGCUCAGUUAUUUUGUAUUAUUGCUUAGUGUAAAUUAAAAUAUAUUUCUAA